GGCAGGGAGGGAAGGCGCUGUGCGGCCGUGUAGCGAGCGACGCUUUAUACAAUUAUCGUUUGUCAAAAUCCUUAUCUAAGCAAAACCAUUGUCUAAACUACCGCGAAUAUUAGCUUUGUCACUGAGAAUUGAGUUUAUUUUUUAGUUAAUAGCAGGGCUCAUCGUAAACCAAUCGUCCUUAAACGUCGAAGCUUACGGUGCAAACACAGAGGAGAGGUUUGUUUCUCGUCAACAUGAGAGGGAGUUCGUCCUAUGACGACAGGGACAGGGACCGUGGGAGAGACAGACCUAGGUUUGGGGCCAUGAGUGGUCGCAGUGGCCCCCCACCAAUGAAGUUUGGGAAUCCAGGUGAACGUUUGCGUAAGAAAAGAUGGAACCUGGAUGAACUGCCAAAAUUUGAAAAGAACUUCUAUGCUGAACAUCCUGAGCUCCAACGUAUGAGUCAGUUUGAAAUGGAGGAGUUUCGCCGAAAGAAAGAGAUCACUAUCAGGGGAUCUGGUUGCCCAAAAGCCAUCACAGCUUUUCACCAGGCUCAAUUUCCUCAGUAUGUGAUGGAUGUGUUGAUGCACCAGAAUUUCAAGGAACCUACAGCCAUCCAAUGUCAGGGCUUCCCAGUGGCCCUGAGCGGCAGGGACAUGGUGGGAAUUGCACAGACUGGCUCUGGAAAAACACUGGCUUAUCUUCUUCCUGCUAUAGUACAUAUCAACCACCAGCCCUAUCUGGAGAGGGGGGAUGGUCCAAUAUGUCUUGUCCUGGCCCCAACCAGAGAGCUGGCUCAGCAGGUUCAGCAGGUGGCAUAUGACUAUGGCAAGUCUUCCCGUAUUAAAAGCACAUGUGUCUAUGGUGGAGCACCUAAAGGACCGCAGAUUCGAGAUCUGGAGAGGGGUGUUGAGAUCUGUAUUGCCACACCUGGUCGCCUCAUUGACUUCCUGGAGGCUGGGAAAACAAACCUCAGGCGCUGCACCUACCUGGUGCUGGAUGAGGCUGACCGCAUGCUGGACAUGGGCUUUGAACCACAGAUUCGCAAGAUCGUUGAACAAAUCAGGCCUGACAGACAGACUCUUAUGUGGAGUGCUACCUGGCCUAAAGAGGUUCGGCAGCUUGCUGAGGACUUCCUUAGGGACUAUGUCCAGAUUAAUGUUGGUGCUCUGGAGCUCAGUGCCAACCACAACAUCCUGCAGAUUGUCGAUGUCUGCAUGGAGACUGAAAAGGACCAAAAACUUUUUCAACUGAUGGAAGAGAUAAUGGCAGAGAAAGAGAACAAAACCAUCAUUUUUGUGGAGACAAAGAAGCGUUGUGAUGAUCUUACAAGGAGGAUGAGGCGGGAUGGGUGGCCAGCCAUGUGUAUCCAUGGAGACAAGAGCCAACCAGAAAGAGACUGGGUGCUUACAGAAUUCCGUAGUGGUAAAGCUCCUAUACUGAUUGCUACCGAUGUAGCCUCUCGUGGUCUGGAUGUGGAAGAUGUCAAGUUCGUCAUCAACUAUGACUAUCCCAAUUCCUCUGAAGACUAUGUGCAUCGUAUUGGCCGUACUGCACGCAGUACAAACAAGGGCACUGCGUACACCUUCUUCACUCCAGGGAACCUGCGACAGGCCCGAGAUCUUGUCCGGGUAUUGGCUGAGGCUCGGCAGGCCAUCAACCCUAAACUUCUCCAGCUUGUCGAGUCAGGGCGUGGUGGAGGAGGAGGAGGUGGCAGAAUGCGUUACCGUGGCAGUAGCUCCAACAACCCUAAUCUCAUGUACCAAGAUGAGUGUGAUCGGCGCAUGCGCUCUGGUGGUGGCGGUGGCAAGGACAGCCGCAGUAGCUUCAGCCGUGACAACCGCAAUAGCCGUGAUGGAGACCGCUCUUCUACCUCCUACAGAGAUAGAAGCCGAGACCGAAGAGAUAACUACAACUCUGGCUCAGAUCAGUACCAGAGCUAUAACAGCGGUGGGGGCUACAACUCUCGCAGUGGAGGCCAGUUGGCUGGAGGUGGAGGUAGGGAUCAGCCAAACCAGCUGCAGGGUCCGUUUGUCCAGCCUCCUCCUCCGCCUCCACCAUCAGGAGGGCCACAGCCUCUCAUGGCCCAGCAGUUUGCUCUACCACAGCCACCGCUCAUGGGCUUCAUAGGGCAACCGCCUUAUACCUUUUCCUCUCCACCACCUCCUCCGGGACCUCCACCUCCCCGGAAGUGAAAUUAUAACACAUAAUUGCUGAGUAAAUUGGCUGUACUGCUAUUCAGUUGUAACCAUAUUUUUUACAUUGUUUCUACAUCUCUGAGAAGCAGGGGUUUGAAAUGGCAUUUAUCAAAGGAGGUAAGGGCUUACAUUUUCUGUUUCUUCUGAUCUCUGUAAUACAAACCUUGUAGGAUUUAUAUUUUUCUGUAGAAAGAAAACCUAGACUUAUUCCUCAUGAUUUUUCACCCUGGAUUGUCAGGCUCUUAUUAGUCAGUGUUUCUCAUUCGUGUGGCAUGGAGGAACAACUUCCUUGUGUUGUCAUUAUCAGGGACACAGUACAGUUCAUGCUUUAAAGUUAGGUGUAUGAGGAUUAAAAAUUAGUUUGUCCUUAGGCUUCCAUGGUACAUGAUAUAGAGAGGUCUUCAUGCAAAAAAGUUAUUUUUGAAGGAUAACUUCACAUUCCAAAUGUCAAAUUUUUUGGGGGGUGACAACAUCAAAAUGAUUUAACUUCAACUUGAAUUGUUUGAGUUCUACUUAGGUUUCACUAAGCUAUAUAUUCUAAUAAUGACAAUUAAAUCUGAUGACUACAUAGACACCAAGGCAAUGUGUUUCCGUUACAGAUAUUCUUCUCUAAUUUUAGUACCAUAUGAAUAUUUUCUUUUAUUGUAUGUAGGGUUAAGAUGUGUUUUUUAAUGCAUGCCUAUUCUUCCUAUCCUGUAGCAAGUAAAAACUAAUGCCUUUUUAUACACUUUUAACUGCUUUAUUCACACAUUUUUACAUAGGUCAGUUUAUUCAAAAAUUUCCCUUGCAGAGAUUUGUCUGAAUUACUUUUUGUUCCAUUUUCUUUUAUUGUGAUAUUUUUCUAAUGUUUUCUCGAUAAACGGAUUGUAACAGUGUUUUCUUUGAAUGACAAAUAAAAUCAGUUAUGCAUCAAAUGAA